AUGAAUUGGUGCAACCUAUCGCUAUCUGAGAAAGAACAGACGGGAUUCAUCCUACCAGAAGAUCACAGAAAAGGUGAGUUUGUUAUUGUGGCAAAAUUUUUAACCUCUCGUUUUCUACAAAUGGAGGCAGUUGCACGGACUUGUAAACAAUUGUGGUGGAGGGGGAAUGGAUUUAGGGUCUGUAACCAAGGUAACAACAUCGUCUUGUUUGUGUUUGACAACUUAAUGGAGGUGGACAAGAUUCUCAAGAGCGAACCAUGGAGUUUUGAUAAGCACUUGAUCCUCAUGCAACAUUAUUCCAAUGAUGUUCCGGUCACAGAGCUGGUUUUCAAAAAGGUCCCUUUUUGGGUGCAAGUUCAUGACCUUCCCAAUAGUUUCAUGACAAGGAAAGUGGUCGAGAGUUUAUGGGAUGUAGUGGGGGAAGUCCAGAAAAUAGAUGGAGCAGUGGAUGAGGACGGCGGUAGUUUCUUUCGUGUCAAGGUGGUGGUUGAUACUACACUCCCUUUAUGUCGUGGAAGGAGUAACCACUUUACCUAA